AAUGGUGCUGACAAGGACAAGACUAAUCCGAAUGGAUUGACUCUGAUCCGCUUGGCUGCCUUAAAUGGACAUUUGGAGGUGGUGCGUCUCCUACUCGACUUGGGCGCAGAGAAAGACAAAGCCUCGAAGGCCGGAGCCACGCCCUUGCACUUGGCGGCCUUGAAUGGGCAUGCAGAGGUCGUGCGCUUGUUGCUGCAGGUGCAUGCAGAAAAAGACAAGCCAACCUUGGCGGGUGCCACGCCAUUGCACUUGGCGGCCCUGAAUGGCCACCUGGAGGCUGUGAGGACGUUGCUGGAGGCUCAGUGCCACACAGAUGCCCGGACCAGCGGAGGCAAGACGCCACUGCACGGGGAGAUUGUCCGGCUAUUGCUAGAGGCGGGCGCUGAAGAUCUGCCGGCGGAGGAUGGGUUGACCGCGCUGGAGCUGGCACAGAAGAAUGGACACUGGGACGUGGCGCAGAUGCUGGCUGAGAGACACUGA